UUUGUCCAUAAGAAAUGAAGGUAAUAUAGGUAGGAGUUUGGAGGAAGUCUUAAAAUAUGGUACCCAAAUUUGUCCAUUUGUGCAGUAAAGAAAUCUCUCACGCAAGUAUGAGUUGGCAUGCGAGACACCUAGCUUUUUUUCGGUAGAAGAACCGAUAAUACAAGAGAUUCUCAAGUGCAAUGAGAGAAUUUAUAUUCCGCAUUGAAAGUACUUUGACUCUGAAUCUACAUCCAUCCCAAAAAGCAACUAGCAUUUUCAGGUCGGAGGAUGAAUCUUCAUUCUAACGCUUCUGAUCAGGUUGAAGGUUCACCCUGGGACAAUAAAGGCUUAUUGCAGAGUCAAGAAUUAUAUCGAUAUGUUUUGGAGACUAGUGUUUACCCUCGAGAACCAGAGCCUCUCAAAGAAAUCAGGGCUAUAACUGCAAAUCUCCCUGAUUUUUAUAUGGGAACAACACCUGAUUCAGGUCAAUUGAUAGCGAUGUUGUUGAAUCUAUUGAACGCCAAAAACACAAUUGAACUUGGAGUUUUCACAGGAUAUUCUCUGCUUCUCACUGCUCUUACAAUUCCUGAUGAUGGCAAGAUUCUAGCAAUUGACUCGAAUCUCAAGUCUUAUGAACUAGGCCUGCCAGUCAUUCGAAAAGCUAGUGUUGAGCAUAAGAUCAAUUUCAAACACUCUCCAGCUUUACCUGUUCUUGACAAACUCCUGGAAGACGAUAAAAACAGAGGUAGUUUUGAUUUUGCAUUUGUGGACGCAGAUAAAACUAAUUACGGAAACUAUCACGAGAGACUAAUGAAGCUGAUGAAAAUUGGGGGUUUGAUAGUGUAUGAUAAUACACUAUGGUAUGGAACACUUGCGAUGCCAGAGGAAAGCGUUCACAAGUUGAUGAGAUCAGAAAGAAGUUACUUACUUGAGUUCAACAAAUUCCUUGCUGCAGAUACCCGAAUUCAAAUUUCUCAAGUUUCGUUAGGUGAUGGAAUGACCAUCUGCAGACGACUCUUUUGAC